AUGAGAAUAUUAAUGUUGGGUUUAGAUAAUGCCGGUAAAACAACCAUAUUGUACAAAUUAAAGUUGGGUAAAACAUCCAAAACAGUACCAACAGUUGGUUUUAACGUUGAAACUGUUAAACACAAGAAUGUUUCAUUUGCAGUAUGGGAUUGUGGUGGUCAAGAAAGAAUUAGACCUUUAUGGAGACAUUAUUUCACUGGUACAAAUGCAUUGAUCUAUGUUGUUGAUUCCCUGGAUGUUGAUAGAUUAGAAGAAUCCAAACAAGAAUUAUUUAGAAUUAUAACUGAUAAGGAAUUAGCUAAUUGUUUGUUGGUUGUUUUGGCCAAUAAACAAGAUGUUGAUGGUGCUGUCAAACCAAAGGAAUUGAUUGAAAAAUUCGAGUUGAAUAAAUUAACUGGAGAACAUACUUGGUCUGUUAUCCCAACUAUUGCUAUUGACGGUACUGGUUUAGUUGAAACUUUGAAUUGGAUCUCAUCUCACUCCAAGUAA